AUGGCGCUCCUUGUCGCUGUUAUCUCGGUCUCAGUUGUCGACUCCGUGCUCUUGGGCUAUGAUAGCUCGAUCAUGGGCAGUCUCAACGUGAUGCCAUCAUAUCAGAACUAUUUCACUCUGACGACGGCCACCAAGUCGCUGAACACCGCAAUCUCCUAUGUGGGGGGUUCCUGUUCUGCCCUCGUGGCUGGAUUCGUCGUGGCGUGGAUUGGUAGAUGGAAAAGCAUCAUGCUUUCCUCAGUGAUCACUCUCAUUGGCGCAGUCAUUCAAGCUGCGUCCCAGAACAUCGGCAUGUUCAUUGCAGGUCGGUUCAUUGUUGGAUGUGGCUUGGGCAUUGGGCAGACAGCGUGUCCCACCUACGUGGCAGAGACUGCUCCCCCUAAGCACCGUGCGGUGGCAUUGGGGCUGUACUAUGCUUGCUGGGGUGUUGGGACUCUUGUCGCUUCAGGGGUUUGCUAUUCGACACAACACUACUCAUCGACCUGGGCUUGGAGAACCCCGAGCUUGGUCCAGAUCAUCCCUAGCGUCCUUUGUAUGAUUGUCCUACUGUUUCUUCCAGAGUCACCUCGAUUUCUCGUUGACCGUGACCGGCACGAUGAGGCCUUGGAGGUACUGGCAGCGUUAAAUGCCAAUGGUGACAAGGAUGAUCCGGUCGUGCUGGUGCAGUACCGCGAGAUAACCGACACGAUUGCCUGGGAGAAGAGUCAACAGCUGUCCUGGAGACAAGCGUUCAAGACCAAAGCAAAUCGGAAGCGUAUGAUCAUCACCUCUACAUUUUCCAUCAUCGUCAUGCUUCCAGGAACCAAUAUCAUCACCUUCUACUUUGGUGACAUGCUGUCACAAGCUGGAAUCAAUGAUCCGACCACUCAGCUGGAAAUCAACAUCAUCUUGACCUCGUGGACGUUGGCCGUCUCUCUAGUGGGAGCCUGGUUCGCCGACUCCAUGGGCCGAAAGACGCUCUGCGCGAUCAGUCUCGCAGGCCAGAUUGUGACGUUCUAUAUUCUCGCCGGACUCACCGCGGCAUAUGGCAACUCGACGGACAAGUCAGGGAUCUAUGGCACCAUAGCGAUGAUAUUCCUCUACAAUGCGGCAUACGCGUACGGGAUUACUCCGCUUACGGUGCUCUACCCGCCCGAAGUACUGUCAUACUCGCUGAGGUCAGUUGGUAUGGGUCUGUACACGCUGACCACGAAGCUCUCGGGCCUGCUUGUGACGAUGGCAUUUCCUUUUGCCCUGGACGCCAUCGGAUGGAAGACAUACAUCAUCAAUGCGAGUGCGGAUAUUGUGAUGCUGGUCGGUGUAAUCUGGUAUUGGGUCGAGACAAGGGGCCUUACGCUCGAAGAAGUGGACAAGGUGUUUGACGGCGUCAAGCAUUCGGACGUACCUGAUCUCAAGGCCGUCACUGACGGGGAAGUGGAAGUCGGGACUGAGUUGCUGAAGACCGUAACCAGCAAUGUGGAGAGCCGGGAAGUGGUGAUAACGAAGGCGAAGUGA